AUGGGAGUUGAAAUCUUUAUAGUACUCAAGCCCUUCAAGUUCGACACCCUCCCUCCAGGGGCCAUUCUGCCAACUGGCUGGCUCAAAGACCAGCUUCAGCUAUCUACGGAUGGUCUCGGCGGCCACCUGUUUGAUUUCUAUCGCUACGUUGCGGGAUCAACAUGGCUCGGGGGAGACUGGGAGUAUAGCGAGCUGAACGAGGCUUCGCCCUACUGGUUUAACUACAUUGUCCCCCUAGCUUGGUCUCUAAAUGACGCGAGGCUGAAGAAACAGGCCAGAGAGUACUUGGACUAUGUCCUCGACCACCAGGCGGAAGACGGAUGGCUCGGGCCCGAAACAACACGCCAAACUCGAGGUAUCUGGGCUCGAUCUCUGCUCUUGUUUGGCCUGACGCAAUACGCAGAAGCAGAUCCGUCCCAAUCUAAUCGCAUUGUCGACGCCAUGCAUGGUUUCGUCGGCCUCGUGCACACCAUGCUUGACAGUAACUUCACUGGUCUCCUUCAAGAUAAGGCACAGCAAGAUAACUUUGACCCUUAUGGUUUUGGUCUAUCUCGCACCCAUGAAUUGCCCAUCUCUCUUAUGUGGCUGUACGAGAACCACCCACGAGAUCAAGGCGAUAUCAUUCUCGAGACCAUCGAGCUCAUGUUUGAUGGGGGACGCAAAGGCGGUCGAGACUGGACCACGUUCUUCGUUGACGGCGUCUUUCCCAAGCAGGGUACCGGGACAUUUCGCCCAAGUGGCUUCACCCACGGCGUUAACCUAGCUGAAGGCCUGCGUUACCCAACAGUUCUCUAUCGAUACUCUGGAAACGAGAGCCUUGUCCAACAAACACGGAGUGCGGUCGACAUGACAACCAAGUACCAGACGUCGCUCUCCGGAACCAUCAUUGGCGACGAGCACCUGGGUGCCCAGAGCCCCCAGCGAGGGUCUGAGCUCUGCAUGGCUGUCGAGUCCAUCUUCUCGUAUGCCUUCCUUUAUCGGUUCUACGGUGAGAAUGACUACGCAGACAAAGCCGAGCUUGCUGCCUUCAAUGCCUUCCCUGCUGGGGUAAGCGCCGACUGGUGGUCGCACCAGUAUGUUACGCAGACGAACCAGCCCUGGUCUAGAAAUAUGACCCAGAACCCCUUCUUUAACGUUGUAUCCUAUUCAAACACCUUUGGCCUUGAGCCGAACUUCCCGUGCUGCACCGUCAACCAUCCACAGGCCUACCCCAAGUACGUCGCCUCAUCAUACGUCAAGAACGGCGACACUGGGUUGGCACACAUCCUGCUUGGUCCUACUUCUGUUAAAACAAGAAUUAACGGGAAGAAGGUCGAAGUGUCGUGUGAUACGAAUUACCCCUUUUCAUCCACCCUUCACUACAAGAUCGAGACCAAAGUCGACUUUGAAUUUGCAAUUAGAAUCCCUCAGUGGGCGACAUCUAGCGCGUCGCUCAAGAUCAACGAUAGACGCCACAGUCUUCUCUCCCCCGACUCUUCCUCCCUUCAGCACGUGUCCAUACCCAAGGGCAAAACGAGCCUCAUGCUAGAGCUGCCGAUGGAGGUCCGCGUCGAGACACGAAAUUCCUCAGUGGGGAUCUACUACGGCCCCAUUCUCUACGCGCUGGACAUGCCUUAUGUCGAGUCUGAGCACCAGCCCCUCAACUGGACGGAUCGGAAGCCGUUGUCCGACGAAUAUGUCCACCCCAAGGCGCGGGACCACGUGCUCGAGCCGACGGCCCCCUGGCAGUACGCAAUCGAUCCCGAGAGUGUUGUCGUUCAGGAGAAAAAGCUCAAAAAUGGCAAACUUCCGAGCCCGAUAUUCGCGAGGGGUAAUCCUCCUAUGUCGCUGAGCGUGGAUGCGUGGGAAAUCUCAUGGCCCGUGGGCAAGGACACCGCAGACUUGCCACCUAUCAGCCCAGUUGUGGAGAAGGAGAAGAGGACAAGCAUCAAGCUGAUCCCCUAUGGGUCUUCUAAGUUGCAUAUUGCGCAGUUCCCCGUGGCAAAAUUUGAUGAAUAG